AUGUCGAAUCGAAAACGCAAAGUUGAUGAUGAUGCCUUUGACGAUAACAUGUCGAUUUCGCCCCAAAACUCCCCCGCUUUCACACCAAGAAGCAUCGCUCGACCUUCAAAGAAAGUCAGAGCAAACGAAGUAACCGGGCGGCCACUUGCUCUUCCUCGACUUCUAGAAACCCUCGAUGCGGAAUCCUUACGAUCCGUCCUUCAAACCAUUUGCGAACGACAUCCCCAGAUCGGUACAGAGGUGGUUUCGUCAGCGCCCAGACCAUCCGUAGCAGCAACCCUCGAUGUUCUUUCACAGUACCAGCAUAAGCUACGAGAAGCUUUUCCAUUUGGGGGUGCAGGGUCGGACUACGCAUAUAACAGAGUGAAACAACCUUUAGUUGAUUUAAUCGAAGCCCUGACCGACUUUACACCUCACUACCUGCCCCCAAACGAAACUCAAACGACAACAUCACUCACCUUUCUUGAUAGCGCCACGAAGGUGGUCCACGAGCUACCUGACUGGGACAGCCAAUCCCAUCGACAUCACAAGGAUAACGCAUAUGACGAAAUAUCGAGGGCCUGGGCUAUGGUAGUCAGUGAAGCUUCGAAAAAAGGCGGCGGGUUUCAGCUUCACUCCGGUGGUUGGGACCAAAGACUUGCCAAACAUAACGAACAAAGUGGAGGACGUAUGCAAGUGGCUAUUAAUGCACUUGGAUCUAAUUUAGGCUGGAUGGGAACAAGUACUGGCUCGAGUACAGCUGCAAACGAUAGAGAAUCGAUCCGAAAUCAGUUAUUGUCGGGAACAUAUGGUUCAAACUCGCCGGUCCGGGUUGGUAUUUGGUAA